AUGGAGAAAGCGGACAAGGAGGAGCUGCUGCUGGGAAUCGAUGCGAAAGCUGACAAAACCUCCCUGGCCGACAAAGUCAGCCAGAGCCAGUUCGAGGCAAGCAUGGAGCAGCUGAAAGAGAAGAUUGAGGACUUGACGAGCCGGGUGGCAGGCCAGGAGCAGGGCUGGCACCAGGUCCAGCGACAGCUCAGGGAAGAGAUGGACUCCAAGCUGGACCGCCUGGAGCUGGGGCCGUUCCGGCAGCAGCUGGAGGAGCAAUGGAACAGCCUCCAGGAGCAGCUGGAGGAGAAGGUGUCGCAAGCAGCGGCUGGUGAGGCGGAUGGGAUCAAGAAGCAGCUGCUGGCCCAUUUCCAGAGCUUGUCCUGCGACCAGCCCCUCAGCAUGCUGGUGCCUGGCCCGGAGCAGACAGAUGAGUGCCAGCACCCGCCUGUGCCGCCGAGCUGCGGGGACCAGCACACCGUCACCCCCCCGCUGCAGCACUGCCUGCAGCCGCACCCACCCAGCACUCCGCGGCCACUCCAGUCCUUCGCUCGGCUCCACAGCAAGCUCAGGGUGACACAGCACGAGGUGACGGAGCUGUUGGACAAGGACAGACGCAGCUCCAGGGACCGGCAGGAUGGACAGCUGCCUGUGCUGGGGGGCAAGGAAGGCACCACCGCCUCCUCAGAGCACAAGUCGGCCUCAUCCCUCGUCUCCCGGGCACCGGGGCUCUUGCCGGCUCUCCAGCCCCCACAGGACGCAUCUGCACCCCGAGAGCCGGGCAGGACUCAGGGUCCCCGGCUGCUCCAACCGCUCCAGCCCCCACGGGACGCAUCGGCACCCCGAAAGCCAGGCAGGACUGGGGGUCCCCGGCUGCUCCAGCCCCUCCGGCCCCAGAGGGAAGCAUCGGCACCCCGAGAGCCAGACAGGACUGGGGGUCCCCGGCUGCUUCCGCCCCUCCGGCCCCAGAGGGAAGCAUCAGCACCCCCAGAGCCAGAGAAGACUGGGGGUCCCCGGCUGAAGCCUCCCCGCACCCGGCACUGA